AUGACGUCAAUAUCCCCAUCAGCUUACAACUCUUCCGAUUGUAGUGCAGUUAUCGGUGAUUUAACUUCAUUAGGACCACUUCAACCAGCCGCCCACGUGCUGGUGGUUGGGGAUGGCAACUUUUCCUACUCUCGAGCAUUCCUGCGUGCCAAUAGCACUCGUAUCGGCGCUUCAGCGAUCAAUCUGACAGCCACCUCGCUAGACAGUGAAAGCCAAUUACUAGAAAUGUAUCCCAAGUCACGUGAAAUUCUGGAUGAGCUACACAGUGGCGAAGCUCACGUCCGACACGGAGUGAACGCGACAAAGCUGGAGAGCUACUUGUUCCAGGCUGUCAAGUUUGACCGGAUCGUGUUUAACUACCCACAUUACGCGGCAGACGGAGGUGUGGGCAACAAGAAUAAACGCAACAAAAUUCAUCGUCAUCGACAACUACUGCUCGAUUUCUUUACUAGUGCAAGUCAAGUACUAGCAAGUGACGGACAGAUCUGGGUCACGCUUUGUGCUGGACAAGGAGGGACGAUGCUGGAGAGGAAGACACGAUCAGUGGGAGAUACAUGGCAGAUUGUUCACUGCGCUGCGGCAGCAAAGUUGGUGCUGCAGGAUGCCCACUAUUGCCCAGUUGACGCAUUGGCCGACUUGGGGUACUACAGCGUCGGAUAUCAAUCGCGAGAGAAGGUCUUCUGGACGGAGGACGGCAUCACACACGUGUUCUGCCAUGAAGCUACAGGUCGCAAGUUUCGAUUCCCUAUUCAAUGGACACGCGACGUCAGCUUUUGGGUCACCAACGAGCAAUUGUUAACAGAGGACCGUUUGCUUGACAUCCUGAGAAAGCACUUUCCGAUAAAGACAAUGACGGUCUCAAUCUCAUUGCUAGACAAGUAUUGCUGCAAAAAAAGCGGCCGGAAGUCGGUCACUUAUCAACUUGACAUUUCGUCUUCAUCGCUGGCACUCUCUCGCGACCGUGUCAACACAUUAGCACAGAAAGCACUUGCAGCCAUCGAGAACUCACCCUUUGGUGCUACUCGUGCAUCAUGA